CAGUGCGUGUGCCAGCUGUGCGAGCACACCAACUUCACGUGCCACACGGAGGGCGCCUGCUGGGCCUCGGUGAUGCUGACCAACGGGCGCGAGGAGGUGGUCAAGUCCUGCGUGUCCCUGCCCGAGCUGCACGCCCAGGUCUUCUGCCACAGCUCCAAGAACGUCACCCGCACCGAGUGCUGCUACACCGACUUCUGCAACAACAUCACGCUGCGCCUGCCCCUCGCAGCAGCAGCACCCUCGGGCGGGGCGGGCCGGCUCCGGGCGGCGCUGCUGGCCGCCGUGGCCGUGCCGCUGGCGCUGCUGGCGCUGCUGGCCGCGCUGCUGGCCCGCUCGGCCCGGGGCUGGCGGCGCCGCCCGCCCAGCGUGGAGGAGCCGCCGUGCGAGGGCAGCCUGGCGGGCUCGGGCCGGACGCUCAAGGACCUCAUCUCCGACAUGACCACCUCGGGCUCCGGCUCCGGCCUGCCUCUGCUGGUGCAGAGAACCAUCGCCAGGACCAUCGUGCUGCAGGAGAUCGUGGGCAAGGGGCGCUUUGGCGAGGUGUGGCACGGCAAGUGGUGCGGGGAGGACGUGGCUGUGAAAAUCUUCUCCUCCAGAGACGAGCGCUCGUGGUUCCGGGAGGCAGAGAUUUACCAGACCGUGAUGCUGAGGCACGAGAACAUCCUGGGCUUCAUCGCUGCUGACAACAAGGAUAACGGGACGUGGACUCAGCUGUGGCUUGUCUCGGAGUACCACGAGCAGGGCUCGCUGUUUGACUACCUCAACAGGGGCACGGUGACCGUGGAGGGCAUGGUCAGGCUGGCACUGUCCGUGGCCAGCGGCCUGGCACACCUGCACAUGGAGAUCGUGGGCACGCAAGGGAAGCCAGCGAUCGCUCACCGGGAUCUGAAAUCCAAGAACAUCCUGGUGAAGAGGAACGAGACCUGCGCCAUCGCCGACCUGGGGCUGGCGGUGAAGCACGACUCGGUGCUCAACACCAUCGACAUCCCCCAGAACCCCCGCGUGGGCACCAGGAGGUACAUGGCCCCCGAGAUCCUGGAGGACGCGAUGAACACCAGCAUCUUUGAGUCCUUCAAGCGGGCAGACAUCUACUCCCUGGGGCUGGUGUACUGGGAGAUUGCCCGCAGGUGCUCCGUCGGAGGGGUCACUGAGGAGUACCAGCUGCCUUACUACGACCUUGUGCCUUCCGACCCUUCCAUUGAAGACAUGAGAAGGGUUGUCUGUGAACAGAAGCUCAGACCAAGUAUUCCAAACCAGUGGCAGAGCUGUGAGGCGCUGCGGGUGCUGGGCCGGCUGAUGCGGGAGUGCUGGCGUGCCAGCGGUGCCGCGCGUCUCACGGCGCUGCGCGUCAAGAAAACCAUCUCUCAGCUGUGCGUGCCCGAGGACUGCAAGGCCUGACAGCCCCGGGGCCGGGGCCCGGGGGUGCUGCGCUGCCCGGCUCCCCGGUGCAGCCGGGUUUGUG